AUGACCCAGGCUCAGUACAAGUUAAUUCGAGAUUUUCUACUAGUUGAGAUAUCUGUUGCCAAAGCUAACAAGGCAGGGGCUCUCGCGAACAUGACAAUUGGGGAAUACAGCAGAAUGGCAAAGGAAAGUGAUAAAUUUGUCGUUCUUGUGAAGAAUCACAAGACAGACAGCACCCAUGGUUCCGCCAGAAUUGUUUUCUCUCCAAGAUCAAAAAGCUGGAUGGACGUCUUCCUUAAACUGCGUUUGAAAUUUGCUACUUUUGACUGUGGGCCAGAAAAAUGCGUGUUGUUAUAUUCCAAUGGAGAGUCUACGGUUUCCAGUCAAAUCAACAAAGCUAUUAACUCCGUAUGUAAAAGGCCGAAGUCCAGGGCGCGCCAAGCUGUAAGUUAG